AUGAUUACGUUGUUCGCUUUCUUGGGGGUGCUGGUGAUAGCAACUGCCCUACCCCUGGAGCAGUCAUGGCAGUUAGUUCCGCACUCGGACGGCCAUCUACAUUUGGUAAACAUAAACCCGUACAAUCUCCCGGAUCCCGAUCCACAAGAACCGGAUCGUCGGUUUAUACCGGAAAGUGACAUGCUAUUUCUACUGUUCACAAGAGCCAACCCAACGAGCGCGCAGUUUCUCGAAAUCGGCAACCCUUCAUCGAUCGCUAAUUCCCACUUCAACCCGGCCCGGCCAACUCGUUUCCUAAUUCAUGGUUGGGGAGGAAGUGGAACCGGUGGAACAAACUCAGGGAUGCGUAACAGUUUACUGGCGGCUGGUGAUUUCAAUGUGAUUGCCGUGGAUUGGAGUGUAGGUGGCGGGAGUUCCAACUAUGUGGCUGCUCGUAACGAAGUUGGUCCCGCCGGAACUGGCUUGGGUUUGAUGAUUGACGAUCUGAUCCAGUACGGUGGUGUUGAUGUGAAUGAUAUUUAUGUUAUCGGAUUCAGUUUGGGCGGUCAUGUAGCCGGAAAUGCAGGAAAGCGCCACGGAGGUAGAAUCAAUACGAUUAUAUCGCUGGACCCGGCUGGUCCUUUGUUCUCGGCCGGACAAGACGACGCCGUAUCUCCAACGGAUGGUCAAUAUGUGGAAACAAUAAUGACAAAUGCUGGCUUGUUGGGGAUAAAUGUUCCGCUGGGUCAGGCCAAUUUCUAUCCGAAUGGCGGUCGGACACAACCGGGUUGUGGCAUUGAUAUCAGCGGAAACUGUGCUCACAGUCGGGCUCCUCUGUUUUACGGAGAAUCCGUUAGUCAAUCCGUUCCGUUUCGUUCGACGAGAUGUGCAAGCCUGGAUGAAGUACUGGAAGGAAACUGUACACCCAGUGGAGCAGAUGCUAACAUGGGCGGAGAGCCGUCUAACCAUGGUCGGGGUGUUAAUGGGAUCUACUUUUUGACUACCAACGAGGAAGCACCGUUUGCACGGGGUUGA